AUGUCAAGUCGUCUCAUCGUCAAUACACCAUAUUAUUCGGCUCGCCAGUAUGUAGGGGGCGCUGGAAUCGGUAUCUUCCUCGACGACGCUGCGACCGACGGGGUUCCUGGCCGAAGACCACCACCAAUGAAGCCACCAAUUGAGGAAGGAAUGAUCAAUGUUUUUGAGCAAGCAGAUGAAGAAACUGUCAACAACUGGAAGAGGAUGCUAGGGAAGAUUCUUGUUGAGCAGAUAGUUCGACCUGAUGUAAAACGACAGUGGGAUCGAUUCACGGGCAAUCCUGACUCUGCUGCCCUGCAUGAUUUUCCUCGCCACUACGUCCUUUGGGUGCACAAGACUGGGAAGACCUACGAUCUGCGCGCUCUAAACAUGUUCACCAAUUCCGUUCGCCUGCAGAAUUUGCGCUUCACGUAG